AACCGUGUUGUGCUCCUCAGACGAUGGCUCCUCGUAAAGGAAAGGAGAAGAAGGAGGAGCAGGUGAUCAGUCUGGGUCCUCAGGUGGCUGAAGGAGAGAACGUGUUUGGAGUUUGUCACAUUUUCGCCUCCUUCAACGACACCUUCGUCCACGUCACCGACCUCUCCGGGAAGGAGACGAUCUGCCGUGUGACCGGCGGGAUGAAGGUGAAGGCGGACAGAGACGAGUCGUCUCCGUACGCCGCCAUGUUGGCCGCUCAGGACGUCGCUCAGCGCUGCAAAGAGCUCGGCAUCACGGCGCUGCACAUCAAGCUGAGGGCCACCGGGGGGAACAGGACAAAGACUCCUGGUCCUGGAGCUCAGUCUGCUCUCAGAGCUCUGGCUCGGUCCGGCAUGAAGAUCGGACGCAUCGAGGACGUCACUCCGAUCCCGUCAGACUCCACCAGGAGGAAGGGCGGACGUCGCGGUCGCCGGCUGUAAAACGUCACCAAGAUUUUCUGACAAUAAAAAGUUUAAAGCCA